GUCGCUCCUCUCCCUCCAACGAACCGUCGUUUUGACUCUGAAAUGCCCGUUCCCUCUCCUCGAAUACACCUCUCUCAUGGAUCUUCUUCUCAAAUUUCCAUACCCUAGAAAUCCCACGCCCCAAACCCUAGAAUUCCUGUUCUCCGAUCUCUUCCACUCACCAACUGUUGCGGGGAUGGCCGAGAUCGCCUUCGAUUUCCUCGUCCCCUCAUGGUGGGAGAUCAAGAUCACCGUUGCCGCGGCGGUGUUGGUUAUCGCCAUGUACUCGUUCCUCAUGAAAGUCUCUUUUGAUGGAACUGGAGUCGAUCGGACAGGCGUGUGCGAGCUUAUUUCGGAAUCGGAUGAUGGAGAUCAGAUGGGCCAGUUGAAAGGAGAUUCACAAAGUACUUCAGCAUAUGUGAUCAAGUUGGAACUUUUGGCAGCCAAGAACCUGAUUGGAGCAAACUUAAAUGGAACGUCAGAUCCUUAUGCUAUUAUCACUUGUGGUUCCCAAAAACGGUUUAGUUCCAUGGUUCCUGGUUCGAGAAACCCAAUGUGGGGAGAGGAGUUCAAUUUUUUUGUUGAUGAGCUUCCUGUUCAGAUUAAGGUUACAAUAUAUGACUGGGAUAUAGUAUGGAAAAGCGCAGUUCUUGGAUCUGUGACUGUUCCAGUUGAAGGUGAAGAUCAAGCUGGAGCAGUCUGGUACAUGCUGGAUACAUCAGGGCAGGUUUGUCUUCAUAUUAAAUCAAUUAAACUCCCUGUGAGUUCCUCUAGGGCGAAUGGUUUUGCUGGAGCCAAUGCUCGGAGAAGGAUUUCUUCAGAUAAAGAAGGUCCCACAGUAGUUCAUCAAAAACCAGGGCCUUUACAAACCAUUUUUAAUCUUCCACCAGAUGAGGUUGUUGUCCAUAGUUAUUCAUGUGCACUUGAGAGAUCAUUCUUGUAUCAUGGUCGCAUGUAUGUCUCCGCAUGGCAUAUUUGCUUCCAUUCUAAUGUGUUUUCUAAGCAAAUGAAGGUUAUUCUUCGUUUUGAAGAUAUUCAUGAGAUAAAAAGGACCCAACAUGCGUUUAUUAAUCCUGCAAUUACUAUUAUUCUUCGUAUGGGUGCUGGUGGGCACGGUGUUCCUCCUUUGGGAAGUCCAGAUGGUAGAGUCAGAUAUAAAUUUGCAUCAUUUUGGAACAGAAAUCAUGCAUUAAGAGCUCUACAACGUGCAUUAAAGAACUUUCGACACAUGGAAGAAGCCGAAAAGAAGGAGAAGGCACAGUCUGAUUUGCGUGCACAGAGCAGCUCUGUAAGAGGUCCCAGAAGGCAGAAAAAAACUCCCGAAGAUGAUGCUCCCAAGAUUGAAAAGUUCCAAGCUUUCAUCAAAGAAGAAGUUCUAGUUGGUAUUGUCAAUGAUGUUUUCCCUUGCACAGCUGAGCAGUUCUUUAAUAUUUUACUAAGUGACGAUUCAAAGUUUAUACAGGAGUACAGGGCAUUACGAAAGGAUACUAAUCUUAAUUUGGGCCAAUGGCAUGCUGCAGACGAAUUUGAUGGUCAGGUCAGAGAAAUAACCUUCAGAGCACUUUGUAGUAGUCCCAUGUGUCCUCCUGACUCUGCCAUGACAGAGUGGCAGCAUGCUGUUCUGUCAGCUGAUAAAAGAACCCUGGCGUUCGAGACAGUGCAACAGGCACAUGAUGUUCCAUUUGGGUCUUACUUUGAGGUUCACUGUAGAUGGUUUUUAGAAACAAAGUCUGAAUCUUCUUGUGCUAUAGAUGUAAAAGUGGGUGUACAUUUCAAGAAAUGGUGUGUGAUGCAAUCUAAGAUAAGGACUGGCACUGUCAAUGAGUACAAGAAGGAAGUCGAGCUGAUGUUAGAAGUGGCCCGCUCCUAUCUCAAGGCGAAGGCUUCCAGUAAAGAAACUGAUAAUGCUGCAGCCCCUACUCCGGCUUCAACCCAAGGCAGCUAAAAAUCAUACAGCAUUCUCAGCUCAGGUGUGCGGAUAUGUCCUUCCCAGUCCUUGUGCUUCUUUGUAACAAUAUCAAGAAAUGGAUGGUGCCUUCUAAUUAUAGGGCCCCAUAUGGCUUCAUGCGGUAGAAAUUUUGAUCUCGUGCUGUAUGUGCUACCUUCCCUUUUUGCAAGAGAACCAGCAGCGUGUUCUUAAUCAUA